AUGGCGGCGGCGGCGGCGGCCGUGGUGUUCGACGCGGAGGUGCUGAGCCGGGAGGAGCGCAUCCCGGCGCAGUUCGUGUGGUCCGCCCAGGAGCGGGCGCCGGCGGACGGAGGAGAUCGCCAUCCCCGUGGUCGACCUGGGCGGGUGGUGAACCACGGCGUGCGCGCCGCGCUGCUCGCCGACGCCUACCGCUGCCUCGACGCCUUCUACCUGCGCCCGCUCGCCGACAAGCAGCGCGCGCAGUGCCGCCCCGGCGAGUCCCACGGCUACGCCAGCAGCUUCACGGGACGCUUCCGCUGCUGCCUGCCGUGGAAGGAGACGCUCUCCUUCAACUGCCCCGCCGCCGCCGCCGGGAACGAGCGCGCCGGCGCCGUCGUCGACUACUUCGUCGACGUCCUCGGCGAGGACUACCGCCACAUGGGGGAGGUGUACCAGGGGUACUGCGACGAGAUGGCGCGGCUGGCGCUGGACGUGACGGAGGUGCUGGCGGCGGCGCUAGGGCUGCGCCGCGGCGCGCUGCGCGGCGUCUUCGCGGGCGGCGACUCCAUCAUGAGGCUGAACCACUACCCGGCGUGCCGGCAGCCGCACCUGACGCUGGGGACGGGCCCGCACCGGGACCCGACGUCACUCACGCUGCUGCACCAGGACGACGUGGGCGGCCUACAGGUGCGCGACGGCGACGGGGCGUGGCGCGCCGUGCGGCCCCGCGCGGACGCGUUCGUGGUCAACAUCGGAGACACCUUCGCCGCGCUCACCGACGGGCGCCACGCCAGCAGCCUCCACCGCGCCGUGGUGAGCGGUGACCGCGCACGCAGGUCGCUCGCCUUCUUCCUCAACCCGCCGCUGGACCGCGUCGUCCGCCCGCCGGACGCGCUCCUUCUCCAGCUGGAGAAGGGCCGCCGCCCGCGCGCGUUCCCGGACUUCACGUGGCGCGAGUUCCUCGAGUUCACGCAGAAGCACUACCGGUCGGACGCGAGCACCAUGGACGCCUUCGUGUCGUGGAUCGCCGCGGGAGGUCGCGCCGGCGAUGGCCAUGGCGGACAGGAGGGCAAGUGA